GGCCGCGCAUCGCGACGACGACACGUCCCGCGGAGGCUGCGACGACGCGGCUACGACGACGGAGGGAGGCGACGUGUACGCGCGUCGUAUGACGUUAAGAUGGCCCGGGAGUACGAUCAUCUGUUCAAGCUGCUCAUCAUAGGGGACAGCGGCGUAGGUAAAAGCUCGCUGCUUCUGAGAUUUGCUGACAAUACCUUCAACGGCAGUUACAUAACUACGAUAGGGGUGGACUUUAAGAUACAAACUGUGGAGGUAGACGGUGAGCGAGUAAAGCUGCAAAUCUGGGAUACCGCUGGCCAAGAACGUUUCCGGACAAUAACUUCAACUUACUAUAGGGGAACGCAUGGCGUUAUAGUUGUGUACGAUGUGACCAGCGGUGAUACGUUCGCGAACGUUAAACGGUGGUUGCACGAAAUCGAACAGAAUUGUGAUGUGGUUAACAGGGUACUGGUAGGAAAUAAAAAUGACGCACCUAAUCAGAAGGUCGUGUUAACGGAAGAUGCGCAAAGAUUCGCCAAUCAAAUGGGGAUCCAGCUGUUUGAAACUUCCGCCAAGGACAACAUCAAUGUCGAAGAGAUGUUCAUGGCGAUAACGCGGCAAGUGUUGCGGACCAAAAAAGAGCGCAAGGAGCGGCAGGCUAUACAGACCAACGAGACGGUCAACUUGAGGAAAAGCACAAAACAGCACAGGAAAAAAUGCUGUUAGCGAGCGUUGUAUAAGCACGCUACUCCGUAUACACGAGGAAUAUUCUUUGAUACAAUAAUUAGGACAGAAUAAAACAGAGAGCAUGUGUUAGUAUUACGAGCGGACAUGAGAGAGACGCUGGAAACCCUGAUAUUUUCUAACACUGAGUUUUGUAUUCCAAUUACGAUACCUAAGAUUGUAUCCUAACUAAAGUAUACUUUUUUGACGUUAGUAUUUAACAUGUAAUAGAAACGAAAUGUGAAGCGAAACGCGGAGCGCGUGUAGGGCUUAUUUAGUGAAAACGAUCGUCUAUGCGGCAUCCUUUUUUAACACGUCAAAUACUUUCGCGUGCUGCGCGUCGAAGAACAAAGGCCUAUUCAUUUGUAAUACUUACGAAAGGGUAACUCUCACUCAUACGUAUACGCGUAUGUUAAAAAUCAUCGUUUUUCAUACACACAUUUUAUACACGAGCGCGUUUCAUAUCAUGCAAUCGUUAUAAAUGGAACAUUGUAAUCGACGAAUGGUUAUUACGAGCAUCUUCCGCGCUAAUUUUUUGUAGGGUCAUUUUUGAUCAUUGUAAAAUUUUGCUGCAUUCAACAAUGAGUUACCAUACGCUAAAUAAGUCGCGUUUAAGCGAGUAGGAUUAAAGUUUUUUUGAACAAACGGGCGACAAAUAUUGUUAGCUGUUCCAAAUAAUUCUUAGGACGUUUUUAGUAAAAUUAAGGUUCCUGUGCAGUUUGAUGACGCUUUCAGUGCGAGCUAAAAGAUUCAAUCGGAUAUGUGGAAUGAAUUGUGAUGUGCAAUGGCAUGUAAAAAAAAUUGCAAAUGCUAAUUAAAAAAAAAAGACCGCUAUACGAAAACUGAAAAUUGCUUGGUCAUAUGAAAUCCAAUAUGCUUCCUGUCGUUCUCGAAAGUCAUACUACUGCACAAAAAUUUGAAGACUAAUCAACAUGAUUUAUUUACAAUAGCCACAUUUACAAUAUGUAUAAAAUUUUAUAAAUAAUUACAAUUUAUUAUUAAAGUUUUAAAAUUGUCGAAGUCUACGAGCAUCUAAUUUAUACAUUAAACAAUAUUUAAAAGCAAACAUUUUAAGAAAGUUUUAAAUGGUAUCUAAUAAAACUGAAGACGAUUUACUCUCUUUAUAAUUUUUUAAGAACGAUAAAUUUGCUAGCCAAAAAUAUCAAUUUAUAUGUUAUUGCUUCCAAGCCAUUGGAAUACGAAGUAUUUAUAUCGCGUGCAUCGUUAUGCAUUAAUAAAAUAUUCAACAGUAUUAUCACAUUUUUUUUUUAAUUCUGUGUUUACGACUUAAUAUUUCUUAAUAGCUCUGUAACGAGAGAGGAAAAGAUGAAAAGCUUGUAAACGUCCGAAUUUUAUAUACUCAAAUAUAUAAAUACGCAAGUAUUUUAAAUUGUCCAUGCAUUUGCGACGAAACACACGCACACACACACACACACACACACAUUUAUAUAUAUAUAUACAUACACACGAUUAAAUAUUUAUUGCAGAAGGGUAGAUAGCAAGAUGAUAAAAUAUAACGAUCGGUCAUGUCCAGCUAUGACAGAAGCUGUCUGUAUUAAUCUGUGAUAAUAGUUAAGAUAAUGUCGCCAGCUGCCACUGUAAUACUGCUGCGUGUACCUUACUCCCUGCUCCCCCGUGUAAUUGUAAUUAAUAUCGCUAUUAUUUUGCUCUUAUUUUUUCUUUUCUCUCUUCUUUUUUUUUUGUAUCGAUUACAUAUCUCCCUUAGAGGCAAUAAAGCGACAUCCUACAAUGUGUACAUAUUCUCAACUUGCCAGUUUUAGUGGCAUAUUCACGAAGUAUUUCAAUCGAGCAUAUUCAAUCUUGUUUACUGUUAUACAGUUACGACGUUGUAUUAUUAUUAUACAUACGUAUGAUUAUAAAUAAAUAGGAGUCUACAUGUAUGCGUAUGUCGAAACAAGUAUUGCCUUCACACUCCUGUCUGGUGAGCGACAUUUUUUUAAAUUCACGUGAUUCGAACGAAUAAACCUAAAGCUAUAUUGUUUGAUCGAUUUAGGCAAUGCUCGAAAAAAAUUUCGAGCCCCAAUGCAUUAUCUUGCUUGAAAGUUUCCAGUUCGAAUUGAACACUGCAUAUUGUAUAUGUUCGAACUUGUAAAAUAUUAAAUCUAUCGAUCUAAUAAAUUCGGUGGUCGAAUUUUUCGACCGUCAGAAAAUUCCGA